GCAAGAUCACAGAGGAGGUUCUCGGAGUGAUGAGACAGCCCGAUGGUUUGUAAUGGAGCCGAUCAUCAGCAUUGUAUCAUCAGGAAGUGAAACUCCUCGAUGGUCACAUUGAAAUGAAUACACUUGGUCAUUAGCAGCUGCUACGGAUUGCUGCUCUGCUCCUGCCUCUCUCACGAGAAUGCAAAUGUGCUGUAGGAUUUACUGCUAACAACAAGUCAUUGCCCGGAGGACAGCAUAAUUAUCCAGAGAUGGGGUUUGGAGAGGACCUGAGGUGUCCACAGGCACAUGCAGCAGUGCUGCGACUGCUGGACUCAGAGCUUCUCUUGAUGGAAGUCAUGAAGAAGUGGAUGGGGCAGCGAGCGAAGAGCGAACGGGAAUUUUCAGUGCAGCUGCACCACAUGACUGGCCUGGCUGAGAAGCUGGACCGACCUCAGGCUAACACAGGACUGGACUACAUCAGUCAGCUCAAUAAGUCCUGGGGAGUGCUGGUCUCACAGACCGAGUCUCUCAGUCAGCUGAUGAAAAAGCGCUCCGAAGAUCUGCUGGACGGUCCAAUCAGCAAACUCACGCUGCUCAUCAGAGACAAACAGCAGCUCCGCAAAACCUACGCAGAGCAGUGGAACCUGCUGAGACAGGAGCUCAACAAGGUGACACAGACAGAACUGGAGAGGCUAAAGAGCAGCUACAGGCAUGCAGUGAAAGAUGCAACUCAGGCAAAGAGGAAGUACCAGGAGACCAGCAAAGAAAAAGACCGAGAUAAGGCCAAGGAGCGUUACAUAAAGGCUUCACUGAAACUCUACGAGGUCCAUAAUGAGUAUGUCCUCUCUGUGCAAGCUGCUCAAGUUUACCAUCAGCACCAUUACAGUCAGAUCCAGCCGGCCCUGCUCAGCGCCCUGCAGACUCUGCAGCAGGAGAUGGUGCUCAUACUAAAGGAGAUCCUGCAGGAGUAUUUUGACAUCUGCACUCUCCUCCAUCAUGAAGUGGUGCGGCUCCACAGAGAGAUGGCAUCAGCUCUAACAGCCAUCGAUCCUCACAGAGAGUAUGAGAGCUUCAUCCAUCAGAACAGGUCUGUGGGGGAGAUUCCUGCCUGUGCCGAUUUUGACAACAGCCUUCUGGAGGACACCGAGCAGCUAAGCACUAAGGAGAUUGAACUGAAUGACCUCACCCUCGAGACGAUCCAGCACAAACUGACUACGAUAGAGGAGGAGCUCCUGGACCUGGCUCGGUCUCUGGGCUCUCAGCAGACUUCAGUUGAGCAGCUGGAGCUGGAGUUAGGGGAAGAGCAGGAAGGUGUCAAAAAGGGCCAGAGGGUCUACCAGUUCAGCAAGAGACAUGCGAUGGAAGAGUGCCGGCAGCAGGUCGCCCUGACUCAGGGCCAGAGAGCCAAGCUGGAGGUUCAGAGGCUUCUUCUGAAAGAGAAACUGGACCGGCUGGGCUCCAGGGAACCUCCCUCUGCUCUGAAUCUGGACACGGAUACUGUUUCACUUUCAUCCAGCACGAGCAACGACCACACUCCACCCAGAGUCCUCGUGGAAGGGAUCUUGAACAAUCUGAGCAACCUGUUUAAGCCCAAAUUUGAGGUGCCUCCAGUCCUCAGUCUGGUGAAAGAAGUGGAUCGUCCUCUGGGGCAGCAGGACUGGUACCACGGUGCCAUUCCCAGACUGGAGGUCCAGCAGCUGCUGAAGAACGAUGGCGACUUCUUAGUGAGGAAGAGUCAAGAGAAGCAGGGUUAUGUGCUUUCUGUGCAAUGGGAAAGCUCCUGUAAACAUUUUCUCAUCCAGAACACAGGAAAUAUGUACCGUCUGGAUGGAGAAGGCUUUCCCAGCAUCCCUCACCUGAUCCAUCAUCUGCUGAACUCUCGACAGCAUAUUACCAAGAAGUGUGAAGUUGUGCUAAAGAAACCUGUAGUAAAGGACAAGUGGGUCCUGGAACAUGAUGAUAUUAUCUUGGGACCUCUCAUUGGACGGGGUAACUUUGGAGAGGUGUACAGCGGCCGUUUACGCACCGAUAACACUCCUGUAGCUGUGAAGUCUUGUAAAGAGAACCUGGCCCCAGAGCACAAGAGUAAGUUCCUGAUGGAAGCCAGGAUCCUGAAGCAAUACGAUCACCCCAACAUCGUGAAGCUUAUUGGGGUGUGCACGCAGAAACAGCCCAUCUACAUUAUCAUGGAGCUCAUUCAAGGUGGUGAUUUUCUCUCCUUUUUGCGCACUGAGGGUCACAGUCUGACACCGAAGAUGUUGGUCAAAAUGACUGAAAAUGUCGCAUCUGGCAUGGAGUACCUGGAGAGCAAAAAAUGCAUUCACAGGGACCUUGCAGCUAGAAACUGCCUGGUCGCAGAAGGCAACGUGGUGAAGAUAAGUGACUUUGGGAUGUCCCGUCAGGAAGAUGACGGUGUCUACUCUGCAGAAGGCGGUCUCAGACAGAUCCCUGUCAAAUGGACAGCUCCUGAAGCCCUGAACUAUGGUCGUUAUACCACAGAGAGUGAUGUCUGGAGCUUUGGCAUCUUACUGUGGGAGACCUUCUCCAUGGGAAUGACCCCCUACACCAGCAUGACCAAUCAACAGACACGUGAAGAGGUGGAGAAAGGGUACCGUAUGCCUGCUCCGCACGGCUGCCCCAUUGAAAUCUCCAGGAUUAUGAACAGCUGUUGGCAGUAUGAUCCCAGAAACAGACCAUCUUUUAAGAAACUCCGGAUUGAUCUCAAUGCCAUAUACAGCAAAAUUAUAUAAUACACUCUUGUAAGUUGGACGUGUUUUAGACAUUUUUUUUUUGUUAGGUUGUAUUUGUUCUUUCUAAAAAUAGGUUGAGAUUUAAUAUGAAUACUAAAAGUAAAAAUAAAAGGUCUAAUUAAAA